AUGGCGACGGCCAACAACCUACUUACGGACAACGCCUCCAUCCUCACCCUCGCGUCUUCGAGCAAGCGCCGUCGCCGCCGCUCCUUUGACACGGACGCUUCGGUCCGCGCCCUCGCGCCUUCGUCCCUGUGGGGAGGCAGCCGCGAGAGCCUGCCUCUCAGCGUGCUGAGCGCCAAUAUCGACCCUUCGACCAUGCCCCCAACGCCCGGCCUCCACCAGAGCGGCACCGCGGGCUCCUCGGCGAGAGUCACCACAGCCACCGCCGCCGAACGCACGAGCAUAUAUUCCGCCGUCGGUGUCACCAUCGGGCCCCCGGCCCUCCAGAGCGAACGCAACAGCCUGUACGCUGCCAGGCAGAGUAUCGUCGGCGACGGCGCCAGCGUCCGCAGCGGUCUCCUCUCCCACGGCCCCACGGACAGCAUCGGUGGGAGCGCCGGCAUCGCGAGCCCCUUGGCUAGCCCGAGGGAAGAUGACGCCGAGCAAGGAAAGCGCACUCCCCCAGGCGAGAGCAUAUAA